CACACGAUGUGUUUCUUUACUAGCCUAUAAUAGAUGACUUUUUAUCAUUUUACACAUCAAUCACUUGCUCAAAAAACUUAAAUAAGCACAAAAUGUCCCGAAUAAAGCCCUUGCGCAUCAUCAAACCAACAAAUUCCAGCAAUACCGGUUCUGUUAUCUUUUUACACGGCUCAGGGGACACGGGUAAAGGAAUUCUGGAUUGGAUCAAAUUUCUAAUCAGGGAUUUCUCGCUACCUCACGUUAAAUUCAUUUUUCCUACAGCCCCCGUGAGGCCUUAUACACCAUUAGACGGAGCCUUGAGUAAUGUUUGGUUUAAUCGCUACGACAUCACACCUGAGGUCCCUGAACACGUCGAGACGUUGGAAGACAUAAAACAUGAUAUUAAAUCAUUGAUUUCGGAAGAAAUUGAUGCCGGGAUUCCCCUGAACAGGAUUGUAAUUGGGGGGUUUUCCAUGGGGGGCGCUCUGGCCCUACACACUGCCUAUAGGUUCACUCCAGGCUUGGCGGGGGUGUUUGCCUUAUCGUCGUUUCUUAACAAUGAAUCGGAAGUUUAUAAAAAUAUUCAAGCUGUGAAUACCCCACUUUUUAUGUGUCAUGGGGACAGAGACGAGCUGGUGCCCCAAGAGUGGGGCGAGGAGACGUUCAAUAAUCUUACGAAACUGGGAGUGAAAGGGGAAUUUGUGCCACUGAACAAUACUUUACACGAAUUGAAAAAGAAUGAACUGGAGAAAUUACUGGAGUGGAUCAAAAAUGUGAUACCACCAGAACGAGGGCCUUAAUUUUUUAUUUAUUACAUUUAGUAAAUAUAUUUUAUUAAAAAAAA